AAUCACUAGGGUUGGAAAAGCCCUCUAAGAUCACAGAGUCUAACCAGUAACACUCACUGUGUUUACUGCUAAAGGAUACCCCCAAGUGCCAUAGCCGCAAGCCAUUUGUAGGCUUCCAGGGAUGGUGUUGACAGCCUCUUCCAGUGCCCGAUCACCAUUUCAGUGGAAAAGUUUUUCCUAAUAUCCAAUCUAAACCUCCUCUGAUGUAAUGUGAGGCCAUUUCCUCUCACAUUACUUGAGAGAGGUGACCAACCCCCACCUGGAUCCAGCCUCCUUUCAGGUGGUUGUACAGAGCCAUAAGGUCCCCCUGAGCCUCUUUUUCUCCAGGCUAAACAACUCCAGCUUUUUUUCUCUGCAUGAUGAACUCUGCUGCUGGGGAUCAAUGUAUACAGAUGCUACAUUGCAUUAGCUUAUAGUGCUCCUACAUACUCACCUCUGCAGAAUUAAAAUAUUACCUCUGCUGGUGAGACUGCUCAGGGCCUACACUGUCUGCGAGAACAUGAAAAGUAACCUAGGAAAAUAUGAUUUUUUUUUUUCUCUUUAAGAUAACCCUUUAUCCUGACCUGGUUGAUGGUAUGGUCUCUGUUGUGGUGGCCCAGGGCCUGGCAUGAGUGACCAGCUGGGAAACUGGGGAUGAAAAAGACGUGGUGAUGAAAAGAAGUUCAAGAGAGAAAAAGGAAAGCUAAGCACGAGAGGAGAGAAGAGAGGCAGAUAGAUGGAGAUGAGGAACACCCCCCAAAGCAGCAGAAGGAACCAGCUGAAGAACAGCACUGGCCAGAGAAUAUGCCUGAAUGGGAAGAAAGGAAAUCCCUGCUAGCUCAGAGAAGAGUGGAGUCUGUCAGACUGCUUACAGUGCUGUUAAAUCGUGUGAAAUUGGCAAGUCAAAAAGUGGAUCCUUCACUGGGUGUAAAGAAGGACAAUUCAUUUCCUGAAACAGCAUUUAAAGACAUACAGCAGGAGCUGAUUCACUCCCUUUACCGUACGCACAAAGAGCUGAAACGUGUGGAGUUUAAGUGCCCGCUAACUCAAAGAGGUAGUGCUUUAUGCUGUGAGGAAGGAGAUGUGAGUACCUUCCAUGCACCUGCUUGUCACAUAGUCAGGACAAUUUUAAAUGAUGCCUCUGCAGCCCCGAGCUCUGAUGGACUGCCUGGCAGAGAUGUGUGCAACUCCCUGCUGAUCACGGUCACCCAGCAUGGCAGGGUCAUCCAGCCUCUCCCUGCAAGGCACCACCCUGCACUGGACGUAGGUCACACCCACACAGUGUCUGAGCAAGAUGAUUGCAGAAAGCAAAAGGUUUAUGAGACUGAUGAAUUCAUCCAUUAUUUACUGAACUACUAUCAGACACCACACUAUGCACGUGUUUGCUUAGAGCCAAAAACCACUGUGAACAAGUCCCAGUGGAAACGAGUGGUGUCUGAUGAUGGUGGUGGGUUUGACAGCAGCUUGAGUAACAAACAUGGUCAGCACUUCAGAGAAUUGAGUCCUGUACAAAACCUCCACAAGAGAAAUUGUAGCAGUGAUAGUAAUUACAGGCUGGUGAUCACUCUUGGAGAAUUUGAGUCAGCAGACAAAGUGUUAGAAAGCAAGGUCCGUGGGGGCAAGCUUGCAAAAAAGCUGCAGGUGCAGAGGAAUGACUCACUCACUGUUGAUACUGUACCACAUGCUGGACUGAAUCAUUCUUUGGAGUGCACUACUGUUACUCAUAAUGAGGAAUUCAAACAAGAAGAUGGUAAAGAUGAAGGCACUGUACCAUAUGGAACACGUAGAUCUGCUUGCAGAUUAAAGGAUUUGCUGGAAGAGAUCAGUGAUUCUGAGUGCUUUAGAGAGGCAUGUGGCGGCUCAGUGAAGAGAGCAGAAAGAAGGUAUGAAGAAAUUUACAGCAGUUGUAAUAAAGGGUGCUUGUCUGCAAGAGCUGGGGAAAGAGAAUUACUGGUUUGCCAUAAAAAUGUAGCUCUAGAAGGUCAAGAGAAGGAAAUCAGCCAAUGUAACUCCUGUUCUAAUUCUGUCCAUGAGGGCUUGGCAAGGCAGUGUGAACGUAAACUUAAAAAGUCAUGCAAGAGGUCUAGUAGUAAAUUAAGAUAUGAAGGAAAGAAAAGUGAGAGACAAUCCAGGGAAAAGGAGAAAAAUGCUCAUAAAAUGAAGAAAAAGCGAAAAAAGCUUUCUUCUAAUCUUUUAUCUGAUGAAUGUGGCUUUUCAGAGACGGACAGUUGCAUGCAGCUGGAGUCGCUCAGAAAGAUACGGAGAAAAUGUAAGAAAAUGUUGCACAAAAAGGUGAAAUUCAAGACACAUCACACCUCUAUGGCUGCACCAGAUGUUACCCCUCAUGAUGGCUCAGCCCUUCAGGAGACCCUCCAGAGGAGAGGAGAUGAGAGGAAAUUAAUGUUGAGAAGAGAGAUGGAUGCAGAUGUCAGAGGAUGCCCUCUAUUUCCUCUUGAGAUAAUUCAGACAAACCCCUUCUCAGAUACUUUCUGUGGAGGAGAGCCCAGAAGAGGAUGUUGAACAGCUACUGUAUUAUAGCUCUGAAGUUUUUAUUAACAAGUGGGAGAAGAAAGCCCUUUGAUCAUUAAACGAAAUAUGAACUGCUGGGUUGGUUUUUGAUUUUUUUUUUCUUACAUCAUUCCUUUGGUUAGAAUAUCUAACUGGUGUAGUGAGCCACAGAAGCAGAAUUUGUGUUUGCCUUUUGGAUAACUUCUGGACCAAAACUUUCCCCAGAGCCAGAACAAACUUUCAUGGACUAGUGGCUAAAGAACUUGAAAGGACACAGACUGAGAUCUUGGAGCAUUACACUUUGAUGGAAUGCAGAGAAUCAUGUAAAUUACAGUAUUUAUUAAUAAUGAGUCAUUGGGAAAAAACCUAAUUUUCAAUCCUAGAGCAAGCAUAUGAAGUGCCUCCUCUAUCAGAUUGUUAUAUUGGUGGGACUGGAAGGUGUGGGGGACAUUUAUACUCAAUUUUGAGAAGUAAUAGAUUUCCAAAUGUGAAAAAGGUCCCAUCUUCUGUAAAACCCACACUAGAAGAAUCCUUGUUUUCUAUUCACAAUUCUAGAGGUGUUUCUGAAAACUUGCUGCCUUUUGGGAGGAUUUCACUGAACUUAUGCUCAGUGUAGUGCUCCCAGGAAUCUGAAUGGCUGUCUAAGCAAAGCUCUGGGUGUUAGAUAAUGAAAUGGCAGUGCAUCUCAGCCUGCUGACAGUCCCCAUGUAAAUGCAGUUGACAGUUCACAAGAUUUUGAAGGCACAUAUAGUGAGGUAGCUGUUUAGUAUGAGUUUGCCUACAAAUGCUUUCCAGAGGAAUUGUGAAAUGUUGUCAGAGUUGUGCUGCAUGUAGAUAAAAAUGGGAAAAUGCAGUAUAGGAGCUUGAAUUAUAUCCAUAUUUAUUCAUCUGGCUAUAUCUAGAAGACAGCCACAAUUGCUUUUGGACAAAGUCCCUUAGCAAGGUACAGAGUUUGAAGUUCAAUACACUGAUUAUUACAGCUUUCUUUUUAUUAUGCUUUAUUUAUUACAUGUCAGUAGAUGAAGUUCAUGUGAAAAUGUUGCCUUCAUUACGUAAGAUCUUACCCAUGUUUGUAAAUUCUGCUCUAAUAAAUAGUAAUAAAAAUGAAUAAUUGUAAUUGUUUGUGGUAGAUAGGUUUUCUCCCAGUCUUCAAUACUGGUGAUUCCUACAGGCUUCUAAGCCAGGUUUUAUCAGUCUUUCUGUUCAUAUGUUCAGAUGUCGAGUGCCUUUUCAGGGUCAUAAAUGACAAAUGGUUGCUACUCAAAGUACUGUUAAUCUAUUCCUUUUAUCUAAAAGAAUGUUAUUUUCUUGACAGAAAUAUUUUCUAUUUUGGAGAACCUUUAUGCCCCUCUUAAGUCCCCCCCUUUAGUAUUUUAUACAGUUAUAGUGAAGAGGGACUAUUGUAACACGUUACAAGCGACCAUGUAAAAUGUUUUCAGUUGCACUGAUGUGACAUACCAAGGGUGUUUUUUCUCUAUGCAAUAUUUGCAGAUUAAAGAUAACAAAACUUCCCCCCUGUCAAUCUAUAGACAGUUUUGUGUCCAUGAGUACCCAUUUCCCAUAAGACAGGCUUUUGGUGACAGGUGAGAAAGUAUUUCUUUUUGUUAAUCUAGGGGAGAAGGAACUAAAGAUUUCCUUCAGUGUAAAUUUCUAGUGUUUUAUCAACAUGCUGUCACAAUAACCAAUAACAAAUAAAUACUCAAUUCCUGUAAUUGCUUCAGGGAUUCACCUGUACUGACUGAAACUGACAGAGGAUUUGCUUUGUCUCCCAAGUCCUCAUUCCAUGUAAAGCAUUGUAAGUUAAUAAAAUAUGCAUGCACUUUAAAAUGUGAGACAUCAUUGUAAUCUUCAUACCCAAAGAGAACUUCUGUGUUUCCUAUUUGACAUUUUUUAGAACCUGACUUCAGGUGUUUAAAUAAUAAUUUAACUUUUCACAAAAUCAUAGAAUGGUUUGGAUCAGGACCUUAAAAACCAUCUUGUUCCAACCCCCAUGCCAAGGGCACGGGCACCUUCCACCUGCUCCAAGCAGUGUCCAGCCUAGUCUUGAACACUUCCAGGGAUGGGGCACCCAGUUUCCUCUGGCAGCCUCUGCCACAGCCUCACCACACUCACAGGGAAGAAUUUCUUUUUCCUGUCAGCACAUUUAAUAUGAGCCCCACCUUUUCAUACACUGGUCUGCUUAAUAUGAUUUUAUUAUCCUGAAGGCUAAUCUUUAAAGAUAUAUGUAACAGCUUGCUUUAAAACUUUUAAAAUGCAUGGCUUUGUAGAUUGGAUUUUAGUUGUUAUAAAUGCCACAUCCCACAUAUGAAAGUUACAGAAUGUUUUGGCAAUGAAAACAAUUAUUAGAUGAAAAGAUGCAUUAAAAACAGCAUUUAUAUAGUUCAGCAAUGGAAAUGUAGAACAUUUCUGGUAUACUUUCACAUCUUUCUGUUUGAACCUGAUGUGUGCUGUUGUGCCCAGCUGCUGUUUCAAGAGGCUGGAUGCUUUUUAUGGAAAUGCUGUUUACUCUGACAUGUAUGAAGUUGGGCCUGAGACUGCAGAUCUUGCCAUCAAAUCUAAUUUUCUGUACAGACCUAGCGAAAAUGCCUCUUCAUAGAGCUGGUAUGAAGAGAAGUGGGCUGAACACUGCUUUGUUACUGAAAGUUUGUGACCUGUGGGUUGUACCUUGUGCUGAAUGCUGAAGCCAAAAUCCUACAUGCUGGUUUGAAAGCAGAAUUACACAAGGCCCAUUAUUAAAUCAGUCCAUCUGCUUGAAAUACAAUACAGCAAUUAUGAUAUAAAGCUUUUUCUUGUUAAUCCAGGGAUUCCAGGCAAUGCAUAGAAAUGCCUCACCUUUCAUAAAACCCCUUACGUAAUUUUCAACAGAAGCAUUCAGUACUGAACUUCUUUUUGUUUAACUGAAACAGCAGGAAGUAAGAACUAAUAAAGGUGAGUACAGGCAGGUGAAGCCCAGGUGAAAGAAUAUCUGAAUUUUACAAAGCAGUUAAGAGUAUGGUUGAAAAUCAGAUAUGACUCAAUUGUUUUGAUUUGUGCUGGCAAAGAUCUUUGUGACAGGUGUUGGACACGUCAGAGGAGGGAGAUUAGUGAUAUUGUCUGCCUUGAAUUGGUCAUCCUGUCCUGCCUGGUUAAUGUACAGCCUGAUGAGCUGCCUGGCAUGGCUCUUUUUGCAUAGUCAUUGCUGCCAGUCACUGUUGAAGGAAGGGUUCAAAUUGUAAUGAACAGACUAAAAAAGAAGUGAAACCCAUCCAUUUUCUUCAGCACUUUGGAAAGAAGUAAAACCUGUGCCUGCUGCUUUAUGAGCAGCUUUUGUGACACACUUCUUCUCCUUUCACAAGAAAUUCUCUGCUUUCCUUGAAAAAGUAACAAUCCUACCAUCGUUUCAUACCUCCUCCCCAAGAAGUAUUAACAAUGAAAAGAAUGAGCUUUUCUUGUGUUACUGCAUGUUUUCUGCAUCAUUUUUGUUGCUAUUUCUCUUUGUGAUGCAUAACGUUCUGAUGUACAGAUUAAUCCUUAAAAUAGUUUUUAGUUCCUCAGAAGAUGUUACAGAGUAACUUUAGAGUCAGGUGGUUGGGUCCACUUAAGGGAGGUUACAGACUUCCAAAGCUCCAGCUUUUGCUCAGUAUUAACAAUUACGUGGGGGUUUUUUCUGCAAUAGAGCACAUUCUCUAUUUAAUAUUCUGUCAAAAUUUUACUAGCAAACAGCAUUUACAAGCAUUCCAUUAGAACAUAUUUUACUCAAUCUAUGCAUUGGAUAAUGUGACAGA